UGUGUACUAAAGAGUGCUCAGCACGUGUUUGGGGAUUUUGCGUCCCUCGUGUUUUUCUCUAUUUUCCCCCUGAAAAUCAUGGAAAUUCCACACGAUGAGGCGGAAGAAGACAAGAAAAACAUUCUGGGCUUCCAUCAGAUGGAAUUGGACGACAGGAUCCAGAAGGCAAUCGCGAAACUGGGCUGGAUUGAGCCAACAGUGAUUCAGGAGAAGACCAUUCCGCUGGUGCUGGAGGGGAAGGAUGUGCUGGUGCGCGCCCGGACAGGAUCCGGCAAGACAGCCGCUUUCGCGAUUCCCACCAUCCAGAAGAUCCUGAGCAGCAAAGGAAGCGCGGCUGAACAAAAUGUUGCAGCGCUAGUUUUGGGCCCCAGCAAGGAGCUGUGUCACCAAAUUCGGCAGGUCUUCGAGGACUUGAGCACGCACUGUGGCCGCGUGGUGAAAUGCGUGGACUUGGCGUCGAACGAGGUGACGACACAGAAGCAUCUCCUCUCAGAGCGGCCGGACAUUGUGGUUUCCACGCCGGCGAAGAUCCUGCACCACCUCAAGGUCGGGAAUGUUGAGCUGGGAGACAGUUUCUCCACUCUGAUCAUCGAUGAGGCGGACUUGAUGUUCUCCUUUGGCUUUGAGGCGGAACUGAAAGAGGUCUUGAGCCAUUUGCCGGCGAUUUAUCAAGCAAUCCUCGCUUCAGCCACACUGAGCGAAGAUGUUUUGACCCUGAAGAGUCUGGUGCUGAACAAUCCAGUGACGCUGAAGCUGACAGAGCCCGAUGUUGCUCCCACUUCUCAUCUGACGCACUAUCACAUCUCUGCUGAGGAGAACGACAAGGCAGCCAUCCUGUAUGCUCUCUUCAAACUUCACCUGAUUCGAGGGAAGAGCGUGAUCUUUGUCAAUACCGUGGAUAAGUGCUACAAAUUGAAACUCUUCCUUGAGCAGUUUAGCAUCAAGUCCUGCGUCUUGAAUUCUGAGCUUCCUGCCCAAAUUCGCUGCCGUGUGGUUAAUCAAUUCAACAUGGGCAUUUACGACAUAAUCCUGGCCUCCGAUGAGCUUGCUCUGGAGCAGCCGAAGGGUGUCAAGAGCGGGCGCAAGAGGAAGUCCGACAAGGAGUCAGGAGUUUCCCGUGGAAUUGACUUUCAGAGAGUGUCAAACGUGAUAAACUACGAUUUCCCGGUGGAUGUGAGCUCGUACAUCCACAGAGCUGGAAGAACGGCUCGUGGAAACAACAAGGGAAGUGUGUUGUCUUUCGUUAACACAAAAGAGAGGCCAUUGAUGGAUGAGGUUGAUGAACAUCUCAAGGCGGAGUUCAGCAUGGAAGAGAGUGUUUUGAGGAAGUACCAAUUUAAAUUGGAGGAAGUGGAACCGUUUAGGUAUCGCGCGAUGGACGCCUACAAAGCCGUCACGGCGAUUGCCAUCAGGGAGAGUCGCCUCAAGGAGAUCAAGUCAGAAAUCUUCAACAGCAACAAAUUGAAGGGCUUCUUUGAUAACAAUCCUCACGAUCUUCAACUUCUGCGGCAUGAUAAGCCUCUGCACACCGUCAAAUUGCAGCCUCACUUGUCCGAUGUGCCCGAGUACAUCAUCCCCAAUUCGCUUAAGGGCGUCGCAAAUGUCGCGACGAGACCUAAAAAGACACCGGCUGGCGUGCGAAAGUCAAAGAAGCAGAAGAUUUUCGAGAAGAAGAAGGCCAAUCCGUUGUUGUGCGCGGAAAUUGACUAUGCUAAGAAGCAAAAAGUGCGAAUAAAGAAAAACAAGUAGACCAAGUAA